GUUAUUUGUCAAUUGUCAAAGUCAAGCUCCCGCGAUGGUGCAGCGUCGUUUGGAUUCGGCAUAAAAUUACUAAAUUUUAAAUUACAAAUUCAAUUGAAUUGGUUCAAGUGAGUGGUGGAGUGUUGAGUGUAUUGCAAACAUGUUGGUGCUAUUUGAGACACCGGCGGGGUACGCGAUAUUCAAGUUGCUGGAUGAGUCAAAGUUAUCUGAAAUUGAUAAUUUAUAUCAGGAGUUCAACACACCAGAAGGAGCAGCAUCUGUAGUGAAGUUAAGAAAUUUCAUCAAAUUUGAUGACACAACAGAGGCCCUAGCAGCAACGACCGCAGCUAUUGAAGGAAAACUUUCAAAAACCUUAAAGAAAGCCCUCAAGAAACAUGUCUGUAAAGAUGUACAGGAUCAACUGUUGAUUGGUGAUGCUAAGCUUGGUAGUGCCAUCAAGGAAAAGUUUGAUUUGCAGUGUGUUUCAAAUUCAAAUGUCCAGGAGUUGUUGAGAUGUAUCCGAUCACAGAUGGACAGUCUUUUAACCGGUUUACCAAAAAAAGAGAUGACUGCUAUGGCUUUAGGUCUUGCUCAUUCGCUGUCCAGAUACAAGCUUAAGUUCUCCCCGGAUAAAAUUGACACCAUGAUAGUUCAAGCACAGUGUUUAUUAGAUGAUUUGGAUAAAGAAUUGAAUAAUUACAUCAUGAGAUGUAGAGAAUGGUAUGGUUGGCAUUUCCCGGAACUUGGAAAAAUUAUCACUGAUAACACUUUAUUUGUUAAAGUUGUUAAGUUGGUAGGCACACGAGAUCACGCUGCUAAGACAGAUUUAUCUGACAUUCUACCAGAAGAAUUAGAGGAAAAAGUUAAAGAGGCAGCUGAAAUUUCUAUGGGAACAGAAAUCUCUGACGAUGACAUAGUGAAUAUUCAAAACUUAUGUGAUGAGAUCAUAGCUAUUACUGAUUAUAGAACACAUUUGACUGACUAUUUGAAGGCAAGGAUGAUGGCAAUGGCUCCAAAUUUGACCGUAUUAAUUGGGGAGCACAUUGGCGCAAGACUAAUCGCGCAUGCUGGAUCAUUAAUGAAUCUAGCUAAGCACCCAGCUUCUACGAUACAGAUAUUUGGUGCUGAGAAAGCCUUAUUUAGAGCUUUAAAAACUAAGAAGGAUACCCCAAAGUAUGGUCUGAUUUACCAUGCUCAAUUAGUUGGUCAAUGUAGUACAAAAAACAAAGGUAAAAUGUCUAGGAUGCUAGCGGCUAAGGCUGCGCUGGCGACUAGAGUUGACGCGCUGGGUGACGAGGUAUCGUUCGAGCUAGGGGUGAAACAUAAGGUUAACUUAGAGAAUAAACUGCGUCUGCUUGAAGAGGGGAAUCUUAGAAGAAUUAGUGGUACUGGCAAGGCCAAAGUGAAGUUUGAAAAGUACCAUAGUAAAUCCGAGGUGCACGAGUACCCCGUGGCUGGAGACAGCACUCUUGGCAAGAAGGCUGUGAAGAGGGAACACUCGCCUGUUGAGGACAGCCCCAGCACCAGCAAGAAGAUCAAAUUAGAUGACGAUGCUAAUGAUAUAAAGCCUAAAAAGGAAAAGAAAGUAAAAACAGAACCAGAAGUAGACGAAGUGGACGGUGUAGGCAAUGGAGGAACUCCGAGCUCAGAGAAGAAGAAGAAGAAAAAGAAGAAGUCCCUGCAGCCAGAUGAAACACAAGUCGAAGUUACAGAAGAGGUCAAAGUAGAGGUUGGAGAAGAGCCUAAGAGCGAAAAGAAGAAAAAGAAAAAGAGACAGUCUCAGAUGCAAGAAGAUUAAUGUUUGUUAUGUGUUUCAAAAGUGCGUCAAAUUCUAGAACGAAAAGUUUCAAAUUAUAAAAAACGAUUUCCCAAAUUGAUCCACCGAGGCCCGACACAAAACUAAAGUCAAAUCGAAUUGUGCCAGAAUGUAAGACAUGUAAAUUUAGUCAACCUCGUUUCAUCGGUAGCCUAUAACAGUCCACUGCUGCAUUAUAGGCCUGUCCC